AUGGAAGCUGAGGCGCGGGUGCUGGACGCGACGUGGAUGGGACGGCGUGGACGGAUCUUGGGGGACCCGGCAGACUGGACGAUCGCGUCCCGUCUUGCGAGGGCAGCACCGACCGGCACGGAGGCCGAGGGCGUGGCGCACCCGUCGACGCACCACCCGGCCGAGCUUGCAGCCCCCGACCGCGACUACUUAACACGCCCAUGGCCUUCACCUCCAGACAACCUUGACCGCACAGCCCUCGCAGCCCUCGCACGCACCUCAAAGGCCCUCCGCGCACUCUGCGUCCCCGCCCUCUUCCGCACCGUGUCCCUCCCGUCCCUCGCCGCCCUCCUCGCCUUCCUCGCCCACGUGCCCCCCGCCUACCGCACCCACAUCCGCGCCCUCGACAUCUCCACCCGCGCACUCGCCUCCCC